AUGCGUCUCACCCUUUUCCUGUUGUUUGCCGCAUCGACUGCUCUCUUUGCGUCUGGUAGCAAACUGUCCAUUCCGGCUGGCGCUGAAACAAGGUCCCUGCGGUCAAUUAAGACGACUGUCACCGACGCCACGGCAGAAGAAGAACGCGGGCUUGAUUUCACAAAAAUCGAGAUAAAAGCUUUGAAGAAGUUGGCGAACAAACAAUUCCACAGAAUGGCAACUGAACCGGAACACCUGAAAACUAUUCUGAGCUCGUGGAAGCAGGGAAUGAUGCCUCUAGAUGACGCUGCAGCUUACAUGAAAAGCCAAGGUCUCCUUCAUUGCAAAUAUUGGCAACCGGAUGAUCUCGAGGUGAUCAGCACACCAGCACUUUUCUAA